AAAUCACAACCCAUUGAAAAACAGAUCUGUCAUCGGCCAUUUGUCGUGUUUGGAAAACAGCGUCAUAAAAACCCUUAAAAAUUGCAUAAUUGUUUGUGAAUUAAUAUCAAAAACAAUCAGUAAACGAAUGACUUUUGAAUGAAAAGUUUGAAUCCGCUGGGCGACUCUAAAUUUGGAGCCAGUUAAAUUUUCUCAUUGAUUUUUCCGCGCAAGAUGUGUCUCUGCUGUGGUCGUUCUGUGUUUUCACAUAUUGUGUGUUUGUGUGGAUGUUAUUGUGAUUUAUUGUGAAGUAAAGAAUUUUCAACACAAAUCGGAACUAAUGUUGUGCAUGGAUUGCCGAAACGGCAAUGUCGAAUCGAUGUAAAUUUAUCGGAUGUUCCCGACCGUUUUGAAUUUCAUUUUUUGUACUGAAUAAUGCUGGUACAGACCCGAUAAAACGAGAAAAAAGAGCCCACAGUGUCGAUCCGUUUGUUGUUGUGCAUUGGAUAAUAGCAAACCGAAUAGUGUUUAAUGUCUUGUGCGUAACUAAAAUUGACAAUGUCCGGAUAUCGUUGUGUGAACUACUAUGAACUAUGCCGCCUUUGUACGGCCAGUCAUGGAACGAAAACUCACAUAUUUUCGGAGGAAGGAAAGAAGAAGGAUCUCAUCGGAAAGAUUGCCGUUUGUUUACCGGUUGUUAUCGAUGCGGAAGACAAACUACCGAAAAUUCUCUGUGCUCAAUGUCUACAACAGGUCGAAACUAUCGCAAAAUUUCGUGAGACGUGCAUCAAUGCACAGACAAUGCUGGAGAGCUGCCUGAAUUCGUCAAAGUUAAGGAAUGGCGGGAAAGUUUACAUUAAGGAUGUUGCGGCCAAAAAAGCAGUUCCACUUAGUACAUCGAUCCCGGCGCCACCAUUGGUCAAAACAUCGUUGAUCGGCAGUACGAACAUAACGAAAACGCAAGUUGUACAGAACCCAGUUGUGACGCAGAGCAGUUCCACCGACUUUCUAAGCAGUAUCAUUCAGGCCGUCGGAAUUCAGAAUGUAGACGAUUCGAAUGACCAACAGCCACAACAGACUGCCGCACUAUCGACGCCUCAAUACACAAUCACGCUGGAUGGUCAAACCAUCAAAACCAAUCAAAUUCACUACAAAAUCGAACCGGCUAAGCCAGUAACGCAGGAUCAGCAACAGCAGACGUCACAGAGUUUCGGACAGUCGUUUAACAGUUCUACCGUCGACGAAUUUUUGAAGCUAAAAACGAACCCAAACAUCUCAGCCACCAUCAAGAAAAAGGAAGCGACCGGAGGUCAAAAGAAAAACUUCGAUUUAAUUCUAUCAUCGCCCCAGCAACAACCACAGCUACAACAACAACAACAGCAGCAACAGCAGCAACAGCAGCAACAGAAGACCCCGACCACAAUGAUUCAAACGAAUUCUGCACUGGCCACCACACCGAAAACGGUUUCACUGCAAGACCUGAAGUUUCUCUCGCCGAACAAGUGCUUCGUGCCGAUCACCAUCAAAGAUGCCGGCAACGAUCAACGACAAAUCGUCGCUCAAUUCGAUACGAAAAAUCUCGUACUGCCCACGGCAUACCUGCAAAUGAAAAUUCAGCCACAACAGCAGAUCGCGACCAUUGACGGCCAACACAUCGUACAGUUGACGGCGGCCAAUCUGCCCAACACCAUAUCCAUUUCACCGCAACAAAACCAGAGCAUUCAGGCACAAAUACGACAGCAAACGUCGAACGCACAGUUGAUCUCAAGCGCCGCAAGCACCCUAUCCACCAUAGCCAGUGACACGAAAUGCAUUUUCACCACGUCCAGCGGACAAAAUGUUACGAUCACACAUCAGCCGCUGCAAACCAUAUCGGGAAAUGCUCAGCAACAGCAACAGGAGCAAUCCAAUCAGUCAACGGUUCAGCAUCAAUUCGUUGCGCCAUUGCCACCGCUAACACCCGCAUCGAACACAACGAACUCCAUCGACACGUCGAUGGGAAAAAUUCAACUGACGACACUGCAGAACGUUUCCACCAACAACAUAACGCAUCCGCUGCCGCAAAAGUCGGGCAUAACCAUUCAGCGCAUCAAACAGGAGAACAAAAAACUGCCGACCACCAAAACGGUUACUAGUCCCACGGCAACGACGGCACUCGUUCAAGUGUCGUCCACCACAUCGACGCCGGCUACGAAAUCGACGACAACCACUACGACAACGGUCCGGAAAGCUAGCAACAAAUCAAACCAAAAUCAAGCGAGUGCAAACAAUGAGAAUAACAAGACCGGAUCCGGCAACGAAGCGGUGCCCACGUGUGAGGUGUGCGAAAAAGUGUUCAAACGGAAGGAGCAUUUGGCGCAGCAUAUGAAACUGCAUUUAGGUUUAAGGCCAUUCAAAUGCGAGGAAUUGAAUUGCAACAAAGCUUUUAGUCGUAAGGAGCAUCUGAUGAGGCACGUCAUCUCACACACCGGCAAGAAAAUGUUCAAUUGUGAAUUUUGUCACAAAUUAUUCUCAAGGAAAGACAACCUGAACAAGCAUCGAAGAUCUCACGAAACCAAACAACCCAGCAUUGUGUAUACCAUCACAAAAGUUGAAUAAGUAAACCAAAAAUGU